AUGUCUACGAAAUUUGCUCUUGUCACGGGAUGCGGCCAGGGUGGCAUUGGCGAAGCCCUCAUCACUGAGUACGCUCGUCGUGGAAUCCAUGCUAUUGCCACUGUGCUCCCUGCGGAGCCGAGCGACCAUCUCGCGCGAGCCGGAAUUACUUUCUUUCCUUUAGACGUUACCAACGAGGAGUCUGUCUUGGAGUUGAAAGCUCGAGUACAGAAGCUUACAGGUGGGCGUUUAGAUGUCCUCGUCAACUGCGCCGGCAUCGCGUACACCAUGACGGCCAUUGACACAGACGUCGCUGCCGUACAGCGCAUGUUCAACGUCAAUGUAUUCGGUCCUAUGCGAAUGGUGCACCACUUUCACGAUAUGAUCAUCAAAGCCACCGGAGCAAUUGUGAAUAUUGGUUCGAUCGGAGGAGUGGUUCCGUACUUAUACGGAUCAUCGUAUAACGCAACCAAGGCAGCGCUUCAGCACUGGUCGAACACUUUACGUGUUGAAAUGGCCCCAUUUGAUGUCAGAGUUAUAACAGUUAUAUCGGGAGAGGUCGCCACCAACAUUCUCAAGAACGAUGCACACAGACGGCUACCAGAAGGAUCGUACUAUUCUCCUCUUGCGGAGAAUUUCCGGCAGCACGUCACAAGAACUCCACCCAGAACCACGGAUCGAUUCCAAUAUGCCGCAAAUGUCGUCGCGGAAAGUUUAAGAUCAUCCCCUUCGGCGUGGUUCUGGUACGGUAGCCAGUCCACUCUUAUUCGCUUUCUCGAUAUGUUUUGCUGGCGCACAGUUUGGGACUCCCUAUUUUGGAGGAUGUUUGAUUUGGGAAAGCUGAAAGAGGCUCACUCCUCGAAAGCCAAGAAACAAGUGUGA